AUGGCGCCGGUGAUUCAGCCGACCGGGGACUCCAAAUUUGAGAACUCUGUCGACAAAACCUGUAAAGAAGAUUACGCGCUACAUCCAGAACAAGAACUCAGAUUCGAAGUCGAAAAGGGAGAGUACUGUAAAAUAGAAGUGCUUGAUGGAAACGCAGAACUCUUUGGGACCGAACUCAUAAAACAAAAACCGUACUACUUCAACGGCGGAAAAGGAUAUGGGAUCUUUACAUGGAGCAGUUGCAAAGUUCGAAUCACCGGAAAGACAGAAUCUGCUUACAUUUCGAAGGAUACGCCGAUGGUGCAAUACGUCAACAUUGCAUUUGCGAUUGAAGGGUUGAGAAAACAAGCUGAAGCGAGGGAGAAUCAAGUCGACAACCAGGGAACAGCUCUUGAUUCUAGGGGACCAAGAGUGAUGGUCGUUGGAGGAACGGAUGUAGGAAAAACAACACUGUGUCGAUUGCUGCUGAAUUACGGCGUUAGGCUUGGAAGACGACCAGUGUUCAUCGACUUAGAUGUUGGUCAACAGAGCAUCGGAAUUCCAGGAACCAUUGGGGCCCUCAUGGUCGAGCGCCCGGCCGAUCCUGUCGAAGGUUUCGAUAUGAAAGCACCAAUCGUCUACCACUUCGGGCACACAACGCCCAACGCAAACAUGAAGCUCUACACAACUCUGAUCACUCGAAUCCAAGACUUAUACAACACAAAAUGCUUAUACAAUCAAAAGGUCCACCACUCCGGCUGUAUCAUCAACACAUGCGGCUGGGUGAAUAGAAAAGGAUACGACACACUGCUGGAAACGGCGAAAACUUUUGAGGCUGAUGUCGUUUUGUGUUUGGACGCGGAGAGGCUUUAUCAAGAUUUAGUCAGGGAUCUCCCGGACUUUGUUAACAUCAUGCUCCUCAGAAAGUCUCCAGGAGUCCUUACUAGAUCAAAAGAACAGCGCCGUGACGCCCGGGAAGCUCUUAUUCGCGAAUACUACGACGGCCCUCGUGGCCAAUUCUACCCUCAUUCGUUUGAUGUUCCCUUUGACAACAUCGAAAUCUUCAAAAUUGGUACUCCAAGUCUCCCGAACAGCGCUCUGCCGAUCGGAACAACUUUGGCGGAUACAGAGACAAAGCUGGUCGCAGUUCAACCUUCCCCAGAUAUCAUGAAUCAUAUCCUCGCGGUUUCAAGAGCUGAGACGUUUGAGGAAGAGUUAACUGAAACGAAUGUUUCCGGAUUUGUUGUUGUAAAAGCUGUUGAUGAAGAACGACGAAUUAUGACUGUAAAAAGCCCGGCGCCGCAUCCGCUCAUUGGCCGUUACUUGCUUCUUUCAACGCUCAGAUACAUGGAUCAACUUUAA